AUGGCCUCAGAAAAUAAUAGCGCAUAUGAGAAGGGACCUCUUCCCACAUUCACCAUCGUAGACUCUGCUGAAAAACAAAGUUCAAAUAAACUCAGAAGUUGUUGUAUUUGCAUCCCAGAGAGAACAGGAGUUGCCAUCAUUUUAUCAUUUUAUUUCCUAUCAGGAUUUUUGAGUUCCGUUGCAUCAUUUUUCUACAUUACAGAAUCUUCUGAUACAUUAGAUAUAGUUUUUCUUGUAAUCUCUGGUAUCUUAUAUUUUCUCGUAUUCGUGUCUGGUUUUUUGGGGCUGAGUUUCAUCCGAAAGGAUAAUGCCGUUAUGAUGUACAAACUAUCAAUUGCCUCUUGGAUUAUCACCAUGUCGCUUCUUUUCUACAAUCUGACGACCUAUAUUCUUGAAAUAGUUUUUAAAAGUUCUUCAGUACAACAAUGCCAAGAGGAUUUUGAUCAAGAAAUUGACUGCAACCAAGUUGUCAAUAUCAUAUUGAUUAAAGAUGCAUUGAAAUUUGCCUUCUCUGAAUUCUUUUCGGUAUAUUAUCCGAUCAUUCACUCGUUAACGCCUGUCUUACCAUAUGCCGUCGAUCAAAAUGGUCAGAUGACACCAUAUGCGGCAUAUGUCACUAAACCACCGACCUCUCUUGAUUGGAUUCCACCGCCAACUUAUACUGUAAGAGCAAAUGACGCUUCAUCCGAGACUAACAAUACUUCCACAUUACCAUAA